AUGGACAAUGGCAUAAAGAAGGCGAAGCACUUCUCCUGCAAAAGAUACAGGGAAAAGCGUUCCUUCUUCCUCGCCUCCAUGUUCAUGAGAGCGCUCUCAGAGUACCACGAAGUACCGACGGAUGAUUUUAUCGCUUACUGGGCGUUGAAGACAGACAGUUUUGCGGCAUUUGGUGACGGUGCGGCGAGCAGUCCAAGCGCAGCGGGUAACAGUGGAAGCUCUGGAGCAGCUAACGCGGGGGAGGUGGAUCCCGGAGUGAAAGAGAAACCCAAUGUUAAGGAUUUUCGUUACAACAGUUCUGAGGAGAAGCCGUCGUUUAAAAGGAUAGCUGAUACGCUUACUGAGUACAAGCUCGUUUCUGAUAGUAACAGGUCAGACACCACAACGCCAUGCAUGAUCCGGCACGACUCCUCGGGGGACCUGCUUUCGGAGACAUCCAGAGAGGAAUCGGAUAUAACGUCGGAGGCUGGAAGCAGCGCAAAGGAUGACGUAGGUGUUACGCAGCUGAAAGACAACCCCAGGGUCAAGAAUUCCAUCUUUUAUGACGGUGAUUUAACAGCGUUCUUGCAGAGGCAGAAGCUGCUAUAUCGCGUUAUUGAGGAUUUGCAGACGUCGCUGUUCGUUUCGAAGCCUUCCGUGGAUUUCGUUCCCCAAAUAAAUCUGGAGUCCAUCGAAAGUGAGUACAUCGUGGUUGACCGCAAGUUUUUGGGCACGAGGGUACCACAGCAAUCGGCGUCACGGCCGAUUCGACGGCCUUUGGGAGACGAAGCUAGCGUCCCGUCGAAACGCUCAUGCACACAAACAAACGAACGGAGAAUCCUGUCGUCGUCACUUUCCACUCUGGAUCGCGUGCUAAAGAAAUGCGCAGAGUGCAUCCCGGAUGAUCGCCUGGCAAAGAGUGUGCACCUGCAAAAGCUGGUCAACAUUCUUGGAGGCAAAAACCCAGCAGAAGCAUAUGCAAACGAAGUCUUAGAUGGUAUACAUUAUGUCAAAUCAAUCUGUGCGAAGACUCAGGUCGAUUUUGGUCCCAGCGCAUUUUACUCCCCAUCAUUGAGGCAUCCCAUAGACUGCCUAAGCGAAACGGGCUCCAAAUUAAGCGCAGUGCUGGACAAGAAUGUUUUUGCGGACAACACACUGUACAGCCCGCAAACCGCUUUCAUGAUUCCCAAGAACAUCACCAUACAGCUGGCCAAACAGAAGGACGAGGCACUCAACGGAUCGGACGAAGAAGGCACUAGCCGAUUGCGCGUACCACGCAUGUCAAAUAGCAAGUUGGCACACUUCGUCGAGUCCUUGUGCGGUGUCGACUUCGACCAGAAAGUGAUACAGGAUUCACUUGAACAAAAUUCAAGGGAGUGCUGUGACCUGCGCUCGCUGAUUCAGCUCUGCCAGCGUGAAUCCGAGGGGGAGGUAGAGGGCGGCAGCGAGACAACGGCGGCCACUACCGAGUACUUCUCGAACACAUCAACUCAUGUGGGACACAUAGACGGAUUCAGCACCGCGUCGGUGACGUAUUACAAGAAUCGCGUACUACCGACCAACGCUAUGGAGUUCUAUCACAACACCACAAGCUGCGACUACAAGAAGGAGGGCAUGGUACGGAUGCAGGGCGAAGGACCCCUCGACGUACCCUUGGACACAUUUGCAACCUUCGACAAUCGUAGGCAGAACUUGGGCCACUACCUGGAGGCUAUCACCGCGCUGGACGUGCGUAUUAGGGAGAUACAGCGGAGGUCGGAGAAGAUGCACCGCGCGCUGCACCAAUAUUCACAGCAGCCGCACACGGACAGCGUGAACGACCUGCAGGAAGUCAUCAACCUGGAGACACUGUUAUUCGUCUGUGACACACUUAUGGAGACGAAACGUAGGCUGCACGAGGAGCUGCGGCGCAGAGUGCAGGAAGAAUUGGACAUGAUCAACCACAUUCUGCCAGAACCGCUGGCGGACUCGUUGACACGUAUAUUGUAUCCGAGCAUGAACUGUUAA